UUCCAUACUAUAUACUUGGGUAUCCGGAGUCGACGGAGUGGAGAGAAUGACAGAUGGCGGUUUUAUUGGAAAAUGGUGUAUGAGUAUGCAGAUGUGAGUAUGCUGCAUUUGCUAGCCACGUUUCUGGAAAGUGCACCACAGCUGGUCCUGCAGCUCUGUAUUGUUGUACAGACUCGUACACUCCAGGCUCUCCAAGGUCUUACUGCUGCAGCAUCUCUCGUAUCCCUGGCUUGGGCUUUGGCUUCCUACCAAAAGGCCCUCCGUGACUCCCGUGAUGACAAGAAGCCCAUCAGUUAUAUGGCUGUUAUAAUCCAGUUUUGUUGGCAUUUCUUCACAAUUGCAGCAAGGGUUAUUACUUUCGCUCUGUUUGCCUCGGUUUUCCAGCUGUACUUUGGGAUCUUCAUCGUGCUCCACUGGUGCAUCAUGACCUUCUGGAUCGUCCAUUGUGAGACAGAGUUUUGCAUCACUAAAUGGGAGGAGAUAGUUUUCGACAUGGUAGUUGGGAUAAUCUAUAUCUUUAGCUGGUUCAACGUCAAGGAAGGAAGGACACGCUGUAGGCUUUUCAUUUAUUAUUUUGUGAUCCUUUUGGAAAAUACCGCCUUGAGUGCUCUGUGGUAUCUGUACAAGGCCCCACCAAUCUCUGAUGCGUUUGCCAUACCAGCACUGUGUGUAGUGUUCAGCAGCUUUUUAACAGGCAUUGUUUUUAUGCUGAUGUACUAUGCCUUCUUUCACCCCAAUGGACCGCGGUUCGGGCAGUCGCCAAGCUGUGCUUGUGAGGACCCUGCCGCUGCCUUCGCUCUACCCCCAGAAGUGGCAACAAACACUCUAAGGUCCAUCUCUAACAAUCGGAGUGUCACGAGCGAGCGGGAUCAAAAAUUUGCAGAGAGGGAUGGGUGUGUGCCUGUGUUUCAGGUGAGACCCACCGCACCUUCCACACCUUCCUCCCGGCCACCAAGGAUUGAGGAGUCUGUCAUUAAAAUCGAUCUGUUCAGGAACAGGUACCCAGCCUGGGAGAGACACGUGUUGGACAGGAGCCUGAGGAAGGCAAUCCUAGCUUUUGAAUGUUCCCCUGCUCCUCCACGGCUACAGUAUAAAGAUGAUGCCCUUAUCCAGGAGCGCUUGGAAUAUGAAACCACCUUAUAAACAAAAAAAAAUACCCACAGCUUGAAGAAGCUCUGACGUUACAGUCCGAAUUAAGGGAUGACGGUAGGGCUGUAAGAAUAACUAAACUGCGUACUGCAAAUAGAGAAACAAGCUGUAGUGUUCUUAGUCUGGCUAUCAUCAUGAUUAUCAUUUGAUCCACUGUGUGCAGUCUCUCUGCAGGACUCUGAUACAGCAGCAUCACCUGAAAGCCUAAAAAAAAAAAAACCACACACACACACACGCACACGCACACGCACAGAGAUCAGUUACUUCAGCUGGGGAAACUCACCCAUGACUCCUUGCUGCUAUGAAACUCUGACUGCACAGUACUCACAGUCAAAGCAUUAGAAGGUUCUGAUCAGAGCUUUCAACUUUAGCCAGUAGUGCAUUUUGUUUUAGAAAUGAAUGAUUGAUAUUUGCAUAGUCAAUGGCAAAAAAAAAUCUUGUCGAAAAUAACAAAACUGUAUCAUGCAAUGUUGCUGUUAUGAAAAGUGGUUUCUGGGGGAAAAAAAAAUAGUAGCAUAGUAGUCCUCAGCACUCCCACAGAUAAACCAUUCAGUUUAGAAUAGGUUUGCAAAAUGUUUGUAAGGCUAUCAGUUACAAAUAAACCAAAUUCUGAUUGAUUAAGUCAUAAGCGUUAGUACCAACAGAACUGCUUGUUUUCAGUGGAAUUUCAGUUUAAGUUCGUUAUGUUACUUUCAACAGAAAUCCUAUGCAGCUCACUUCUGGUUUUCAGGAGAAAAAAAGGAGCUCUAGCACGGAGUGAUGUAAAUUAAAUGAUAAUCAUGAUUCAGUGUUCAAUUUGCAAAAAAUAAACACAUAUGUAAAAGAACAGGGAAGAAUAGUUUUCAUAUUCUAAACUUUUUGGAGGACCCCCUUCAGAUAUUUGGGAGGAACCUAUGAGGAGAUGAACACACUGAAACUUCUCUCUGUUUCAGGACUCAGAAUGCAUGAUUCAGUGUGUGAAUGUAUGCAGGGGUGAUAAGAGACCGUGAUAUGCCAUACCUUUCUAGUGCCAAACAUUAUACAAAAGCAAGAUCGAUAUCGUUGCCUGAGGGACAGAAACGGAGCGGCACAAGCCCUACAAGAACCAGAAGCAGGAAAGACCAAUCGAGUUCUCAACAAGUACGGACAGCUCUGAUAUUUCCCGCCCAAGGUGAAAGUGAUGUCUUUUAAAGGCUUUCGGCCACCUCUUAGUAAGUAUAUUCGCUAAAGUACCAUAUAACCAAGUUAUGUGGAAGACCCUCUUGAGCCUGUUCAGGACUUGUUUCCAGAUACGUCUAAGAGUUAUGUUGAACCUCUCGUAAUAGAGUGCUUUUGCUGCAAGCUUUUGGGUUUUAAAUACCUCCCUAAAUCUAGUCAAUGGUAUCCUUCUUUAUGUUAAAAGUAUCCCCUGAUGGUGCUUUCAGAUGCGUUAAAGGUGCAAGUCAAAAUUUGAUAGUAUUUUUUUUAAUGCUGGUGCAGAGUGAAUAACUCAUGGAUUAUUUCAAUAUUUUUGUAAAGUAAAAAUAUGGUAUAAAAAGGUUACUUUUUAUAAACCUCAAAUCUUUUAAUACAUUUCAUUCUCUUUAUAGCUUAGAAUUUAAGAAUUGGUCCAUGAAUUUUAUCAACUGGCUUCUGCAGGUUGAUACAAACAUGAUUUUCACACAUUAUGGAUUUGUUUUGCAGUGUAAUGCCAUAUGAAAGCCUACACGGGUACUUUUAGAAUAUUCCAUAAACUGUGGAUCCUGCUUCAAAUGUAAGCGGCUUGUAAAGACACCCAGUGAUUCCAUAAAAAACAAUUUGAUAUAACUAUUUCCAUCCAUUUUAGGAGCGUGAAGCAGAACUCAAGAGUUACUGUUUUAAUCAGCAUUGUCAGGAUGGAGAAGACGUGAUGAUUGGUAUUUUUGUCUUCACUGUCAGGUAUAUUCAGGGUAAUCCCUGCUGUAUAUGCUGCUGGGUAAAUUUCAGUCUUUCCUGUUACUAAUAUUUGUACUAUGAAAUAGCAGAGGUUACACAGCCUAUGUUGAUUUGUAUGCGUUCAAUCGACCAUUUUUAAUGUUGACUUUUUUAUUCGUGAGAUGUUCAAUAUCUGUUAUUUUUUCCUGGGGCAAGUUCCUCAAAACAAGAUAUCUGUGAAAGUGCAGGAAUCUGCAAGCCAGAAGGAACUUUACACAGAUCAGGAAACAACCAUGUUUCAAGGGUUUCUUAGAUAUUUACAAAUUAAGCAGUGGCCAGCUGCCUGUAUAAUCAUUUUUAAAUAAAAUAAUCCUUUGAUAGUCCAAACCUGAAGCUUUGUACAAAGCGUUUGCCCUGGCUCCAUGGAGAUUAUUCAGAGAAAAGCACUCAUAUUUUGUCAAAAAAAAAAAUGCACCAUUGUACUAACUGCCAAAAAAAGAUUUGGGGAGCAAGUCCUUUGCCCAGUCAAAGCCCUCAUUCCAGCACCGAACACUCGGCCACGCAAGGAAAUCGCGGUUUUGCUUUAUGAACCAGGCAAAGGGGAAACUUUGGUUAUCCAAGAUGUGAGGGCUGAUUUUGGAAACAGCUCUACAGAUUUGCUGCUUCUU